UUCUGGUCACCUAAUUGGAUAUCCAACUUUUAUUGGAGACGUAACUUCUAUUCAACACUUGGAUUUUGAUGUCCCACCUCGCCAUGGUUUCCUGGCAUGUGAGCUUGAGAACCUAAAAUGUCUCCGUCAUUUAUAUGCCCGUGGGCUUGAAAAUGUCAAUGCACGGGAAGCUACUUUGGCCAAGCUGUGUGAAAAGGAAAAUCUCAUUAUGUUGUCACUCACUUGGCAUAGUGGCCAACUUGAAGCAGAUACAGAGGAACGAGUACUCAAUAGCCUUGAACCUCACAUAAAUCUUGCCAAGCUGAAGAUUGAAGGAUAUAAUGGUAUGAGAUCUCCGAGUUGGAUGGAAAAUCCCAUGCUCACCAACUUGACAUACAUUUCACUCUCAUGCUGUAACAACUGGCAACACCUUCCACCUCUAGGCAGGCUACCUUCACUCAAGUAUCUCUACCUAGCAGAUAUGGAUGCAGUGAAAAUAAUAGAAGAUUCAUUUUAUGGCUGUGACAGUACUUUUGCCUUCCCAUCUCUCAAGUUGCUCUCAAUUGAAAGUCUUCCAUCGCUAGAGGAGUGGGUUGAAGUGGAGGGUAUGAUUAUGUUUCCGCGGCUCGAGGAACUAUUCAUUAGAAGAUGCAGGGUAUUGAGAAAUAUUCCAGCAUUACCAUCUAGUCUUGCCUAUCUUGAAAUAAGUGACGUUGGUUUGUCCACUCUUCCUGCAACUUAUCAUUCUAGUCAAACAGCAGUACCCCAAAAGCCAUUACGAUCCCGGCUGAAGAUCUAUAAUUGUUCAAACCUAGUCACACUAGGCCAAGAGUACUGUUUUCUCUGUCUUGAGGAAUUAGACAUUCAGUAUUGUGGAAAUCUGUUGUAUCUGCCAAUGGAUCGGUUGCAGGCACUCCCACUUCUCAAAAGUUUGACAGUGCUGGAUUGCCCAAAGCUGAUGGCACCGCAGGCAGAUAUCAGUUUGCCAUCGUCUAUCAGAGAGCUUUAUAUUGCUCGAUGUGGUUUUUACAGCACUUGUCUACUAAACACCCUGUGCAGACUCACUUGCCUUACUACUCUGCGUUUAUAUGAUUGUGCGAUAGCAGCUGCCCCACCUGAAGAUAUCAGUUUGCCAUCGUCAAUACGGAAGCUUCAUAUUAUUUCAUUUGGUGUUUAUGAGACCUGUCUUCUCAAUUCCCUGUGUAGUCUCACUUCCCUAAGUACUCUUUGUUUAAGUAAUUGUGCGAUGACAACCCUUCCAUCUGCAGAAGUUUUUAGGAGUCUCAGAUCUGUGCAGCAUUUGGAAAUUGUGCGCUGCAGCGAGCUUUCUGGGUUAGAUGGAAUAGAAGAACUCGCAUACCUCACGGAGUUAGUUGUCGAUGGAUGCGAGAAGCUUCUUAGCAUAUCGUCUCCAGAAAUGUUUCAAGUUUCUGAUCCUAGUCAAACUGCUAGUGUCUUUCCUUCACACCUUGGAAGACUUCACAAGCUGAGAAUCAGCAAUCCAUUUCCCUUGCAAUGUGAGCCGUUGAGAAGAGCCAACUCAGUUAAAGACUUGACUAUUCAUAGCGGCUCUAGAUGUUUACCUGAGGAGUGGUUGAUGCAAAACUGUAACCAUCUUAAACACCUGGGAGUGCUUGAUGCUUCUCAACUGGAGUGUGUACCUUCAAUCAUGGCAAGGCUCACCUCCCUCGAAACACUGGAAUUUAAAGGAGCUAUACUGAUCCAGUCACUUCCAGAGCUGCCUGCCUCCUUACGAGUUUUACAAUUCCUCGGUUGUCACCCUGUACUGAAGCAACGAUGCAGAAAGAGAAGAGGUUGUGACUGGCAUAAGGUUGCUCACAUCCGUUAUCUGCAGAUUGUACAGGAUUCUCCAUCAUCAUAUUCCUGGAAUUCCAACUAUCUUCUGGCUUGAUUCUUGUAAAACUCUGUCUUAUAUGUAUCGGGUGUUCACACUAACGUGAAUGUGAUCCCUUGGCCUUUCUGGGCGCCAAGAUCACCUCCGGCGACACCCCGCU